ACUCAAGUCUGUUUGAUUCUGCAAAAAUGAGCGGUCGAGUCGGAGAUCUGAGUCCUAAACAAGCAGAGGCUUUAACACAGUUUCGGGAGAAAUUAGCCGAUGUUUGGGAUCAACUGUCCAAUCAAACAGAUCAUUACCUGCUCCGGUGGCUCAGAGCUAGAACUUUCAAUGUCCCGAAGGCUGAAGCAAUGCUUAGGAAGCAUCUGGAGUUUCGCAGGUACAUGAAAUUAGAAACGAUCAUUGAUGACUGGAGGCCACCAGAGGUCCUGGAGCGCUAUGUGGCCGGAGGAAUGUGUGGUUAUGAUCGUGAAGGAAGCCCCAUCUGGUUUGAUAUUAUUGGCCCUCUGGAUCCUAAAGGCCUUUUACUGUCGGCGAGUAAACAAGACUGUCUCAGGACCAAAAUCAGAGACGCUGAGCUGCUGCGGCGCGAGUGUGAGAAGCAGUCCAAAAAGCUUGGCAAACACAUUGAAUCGAUCACCAUCAUUUAUGACUGCGAGGGCCUCGGCAUGAAGCAUCUCUGGAAACCUGCCGUGGAGAUGUACGGCGAGAUUCUGACCAUGUAUGAAGAGAAUUAUCCUGAAAGCUUAAAAAAAGUGCUUUUAAUAAAAGCUCCUAAACUCUUCCCUAUUGCAUACAAUUUGGUCAAGCACUUCUUGCGUGAAGAAACGAGGCAGAAAAUUGCUGUUCUGGGCUCAAACUGGAAAGAUGUGUUGAAGAAUUACGUGGAUGCGGAUCAGAUCCCAGCGGUGUACGGAGGAUCACUGACUGAUCCUGAUGGAAACCCGCUCUGUAAGACCAUGUUACAAUAUGGUGGUGUAGUGCCCAAAUCAUACUACGUUCGAGACUCUAUCAAAGUCCAGUAUGAGCAGAACAUCACCAUCAGCCGUGGAUCCUCACACCAGAUAGAGUACGAGCUGCUCUUCCCGAACUGCCUGCUGCAAUGGCAGUUUGCGAGCGAGGGCUCUGAUAUCGGUUUUGGACUUUUCCUGAAGACAAAAGGCAGCGAGACGAAGAAAGUGGAAGACAUGCAAGAAAUCCUGCGAAGCGAACGCUAUAAUGCACAUCUGGUUCCUGAGGAAGGAUCCUACACCUGCGAGGAGCCCGGCAUCUAUGUGGUCCGGUUUGACAACAGCUACAGCGUGCUUCAUUCAAAGAAGGUCAGCUUCACUGUGGAUGUGCUCCUACCUGAAGGAAAACAGCCUUAACGUUUAUACGAUCAGACUAUUUGUGUCUUCAUCAUCAUUGCUGUCUCCGUAAAGUGUCUUUUGAGUUAUAAAAUCAUUAUUUCUCAAUGGUUAGUUUUUUAACGUUGCAAUUCUGAAAAAACAUCAGAAUUUGGAGACGUUAAACAGCCAGAACUAUCAUUUUUAUCUCAUAAUUCUCAUAAAGACGUGAAUUUCUGCACGAGGGAUAUUUUACUGAUGUUUUCUUAUAAUUCUGACUUUGUAGAUUCUGAAUUAGAAUUUAGAAAUGUAAAACAGCCAGAAGUGUUAUCUUUUUAUCUCAUCAUUUUGACUUUUUUUCCCUUAAAAUUUGAUAAGACAUCAGAAUUUGGAGAUUUAAAAUAUCUUUUAUAUCAUAAUUCUGACUUUUUCCCUCAAAAAACAUCAGAACUUGGAGAUUUAAAUAGCCAGAACAUUAUAUUUUUAUCAAAUAAUUCUCAUUAAGAUAUGAAUUAGCAUAUUUUCUAGCUACGAGGCAUAUUUUACUAAUGUUUUAUCAUAAUUCUGACAUUUUCCCUCAAUAUUUGAUAAGACAUCAGAAUUUGGAGAUUUAAAACAUCUUUUAUAUCAUAAUUCUGACUUUUUCCCUCAAAAAACAUCAGAACUUGGAGAUUUAAAUAGCCAGAACAUUAUAUUUUUAUCAAAUAAUUCUCAUUAAUAUAUGAAUUAGCAUAUUGUCUAUGUACAAGGCAUAUUUUAUUUAAUAAAUGCCAAGAACGAUUAUCUUUUAUAUCUCAUAUUUUCUCACUUUUCCUCAAAAUUUGAACAAAAAAAAUUGAAUUUGGAGAUGUAAAAUGCCCAGAACUAUUAACUUUUUAUCUCAUAAUUCUCAUUAAGAUAUGAAUUAGCAUAUUUUCUAGCUACGAGGCAUAUUUUACUAAUGUUUUAUCAUAAUUCUAACAUUUUCCCUCAACAUUUGAUAAAAACAUCAGAACUUGGAGAUUUAAAUGGCCAGAACAUCAUCUUUUUAUCAAAUAAUUCUCAUUGAGAUAUGAAUUAGCAUAUUGUCUACGUACAAGGCAUAUUUUACUAAUGUUUUAUCAUAAUUCUGACAUUUUCCCUCAAUAUUUGAUAAAAACAGCAGAAUUUGGAGAUUUUAAAUAUCUUUUUAUUUUAUAAUUCUGACAUUUUCCCUCAACAUUUGAUAAGACAUCAGAAUUUGGAGAUUUAAAAUAUCUUUUUAUAUCAUAAUUUUGACUUUUUCCCUCAAAAACCAUCAGAACUUGGAGAUUUAAAUAGCCAGAACAUUAUCUUUUUAUCAAAUAAUUCUCAUUAAGAUAUGAAUUAGCAUAUUGUCUACGUACAAGGCAUAUUUUAUUUAAUAAAUACCAAGAACUAUUAUCUUUUUUAUCUCAUAUUUCCUCCUUUUUCCUUAAAAUUUUAAGCAAGAGAAUUGAAUUUAGAGAUGUAAAAUGGCCAGAACUAUUAACGUUUUAUCUCAUAAUUCUCAUUAAGAUAUGAAUUUGCAUAUUUUCUAGGUACGAGGCAUAUUUUACUAAUGUUUUAUCAUAAUUCUGACAUUUUCCCUCAACAUUUGAUAAAAACAGCAGAAUUUGGAGAUUUAAAAUAUCUUUUUAUUUUAUAAUUCUGCCUUUUUCACUCAAAGUUUGAGAAAGCUGAAAGCAUCAUUUCUGAACAUUAAAAUUGGCCAUUUUUUAAUUGUGAUUCUGAGAAAAACGUCAACAUUUCAUUUAUGUAAAUAGUGAAAUCACUUUAAAAAAUAACCUUAGAAUUUGGAGAUUUAAAAAAAAAAAAACAUCAGAAUUUGGAGAUGUGAAAUAGCCAGAAACUUUAUCUCAUAAUUCUCAUAAAGACGUGAAUUUCUGCACGAGGCAUAUUUACUGAUGUUUUCUCAUAAUUCUGACUUUGUAGAUUCUGAAUUAGAAUUUAGAAAUGUAAAACAGCCAGAAGUGUUCUCUUUUUAUCUCAUCAUUUUGACUUUUUUCUCUGAAAACAUGAUGCAACAUCAAAAUUUUGAGAUUUAAAACAUCUUUUAUAUCAUAAUUCUGACUUUUUCCCUCAAAAAACAUCAGAACUUGGAGAUUUAAAUAGCCAGAAUUAUUAUCUUUUUAUUAAACAAUUCUCAUUAAUAUAUGAAUUAGCAUAUGUCUAUGUACAGGGCAUAGUUUAUUAUUAUUUUCUCAUAAUUUUGACCUUUUUUUUUCCUUCCAAAAAGAAAAACUAAGAUAUUAUUGUAAUUUUUUUGCUCCAGAUUGCAGGAAAUGAAGAUUCUCAGAUAAAGACAAACCUGAAAACAUUAUUUCUGAACAAUCAAUUCUGAGAAAAAAACAUCAAGAUUUCAAUUAUUUAAAUAAAUACAAAGAACUAUUAUCUUUUUUAUCUCAUAUUUCCUAAUUUUUCCUUAAUUUUAACCAAAAAAAAUUGAAUUUGGAGAUGUAAAAUGGCCAGAACUAUUAACUUUUUAUCUCAUAAUUCUCAUUAAGAUAUGAAUUAGCAUAUUUUCUAGCUACGAGGCAUAUUUUACUAAUGUUUUAUCAUAAUUCUGACAUUUUCCCUCAAUAUUUGAUAAAAACAGCAGAAUUUGGAGAUUUAAAAUAUUGAGAACUAUUAUCAUUUUUAUCUCAUAAUUCUGUUUUUUUUUUCUUCGACGAUAAAAAAUUGUGGCUUUUUUUUCUCCAGAUUGCAGGAAAUAUAUAUAUAUAUAUAUAGUUUUUGGUAAUCCAAAGAUAUUACACAUCAUAAUAGGUAACAUAAUUGGUAAAUAUUAUAAUAAUAAUAUUGCUGAUGACGUAAUAGGGAGUCAUUGUAAUGUUGAGAUAGGAAUCUCUUGUAUAAUCUUGAAUGAACGUGUAAAUGUGCACAGAAUUGAGAAUAAAACAGCUUUAAAGAGACAGCAUUGAAGAGUUGA